UAAGAAAAGUGCAAAGGCUGCUGCGGACAAGAAGAGCGCCGGGUGCGGAGAGAGACUGGCUGUUACCUUCAGACCCUAAUCUACAAUGGCAGAUCAUGGACCGAAAGCUGAUUGCAUCUCCUGCAGCGUGCUUAGCUGGGACCAAGUCAGUCGCCUGCAUGAGGUCUUGUCAGAGGUGGUACCCAUUCAUGGACGAGGCAACUUCCCCACUCUGAAGAUUACCCUGAAAGAUAUUAUCCAUACCGUUCGCAGCAGGCUGGGUGAAGCAAACAUUCAAGUCCGUGAUGUCCGCCUGAAUGGUUCUGCAGCUGGUCACGUCUUGGUGAAAGAUAACGGUCUGGGUUGUAAGGAUCUGGAUCUUGUCUUUCAAGUGUCCCUCCCAAGUGAGAAAGAGUUCCAGUUAGUUCGAGACAUGGUUUUGCAAUCCCUGUUAGACUUCUUGCCUCCAGGAGUGAACAAACUGAAGAUCGGCCUGGCCACGCUUAAGGAAGCCUAUAUUGAAAAGCUGGUGAAGGUGUGCACUGACAUUGACCGAUGGAGUUUAAUCUCUCUUUUCAACAAGCAUGGCAGGAAUGUAGAGUUCAAGUUUGUGGAUCGUAUAAGGCGGCAGUUUGAGUUUAGUGUGGAUUCUUUUCAAAUAAUACUAGACUCGCUGCUUUUUUACUACAACUGCUCGGAAAACCCAAUGUCUGAGCACUUCCAUCCCACUGUGAUUGGAGAAAGUAUGUACGGUGACUUUGAGGCAGCUCUUGACCACCUCAAGAAGAGACUGAUAACUACAAAGAAUCCUGAAGAAAUUAGAGGCGGGGGGCUCCUGAAGUACAGCAACCUUCUCGUGAGAGACUUCAAGCCCAUGGACAAAGAAGAGAUAAAAACCUUAGAGCGUUACAUGUGCUCCAGGUUUUUUAUAGACUUUCCAGACAUCCUAGAACAGCAGCAUAAAUUAGAGACGUACCUCCAGAACCACUUUGCUGAAGGGGACCGAAGCAAAUAUGAUUACCUGAUGACCUUGCGCAGAGUGGUGAACGAGAGCACCGUGUGCCUCAUGGGCCAUGAGCGAAGGCAGACGUUAAAUCUCAUCACCCUUUUGGCCCUUAGAGUUCUGGUAGAGCAGAAUAUUAUCCCUAAUGCCACCAGUGUCACCUGUUAUUACCAGCCAGCUCCCUAUGUCAGUGAUGCAAACUUUGGCAGCUAUUAUAUUGCGGAUACUUAUGGCCCUUCUUAUCCUACCUGGCUACCUUGCAAUUGAUUUCUCCCUUCUCAGUGCCCUGAACCAGAAUGAAUUGUGUCUUAGAUUUAUGUUGUCCAUGUACUAACAAAAGGGCCUGACACCAGGGAUUUUUAAAUACUCCUUGUCUUGGUUAUCUCAUAUCGUAGCCUUGUCUUUCCUAAAGGAUCUUGUUCUGUUCUGACUUGUUAUAUUGUUCUAUCCUCUCUCUGUAUUUGUCCAUGGCUUCCUAAAACUGAAGGCUGAAAGAUAGUGAAUAAUGGUGGAGCAGUAACAGCCACAGGGUUCAGUCUGCGUGCUGUCUUGCCUUUUAAGGCUUGAUUGGUCUGAUGUUUCUUCUUGGAAAUGAAACAAGCAAUUAUGAGUAGUUUGAUGUGACCGUGGAAAGUCAUGACUGCAGUCAUGUACACAAUUAAGCUACUCAAAAUGCCCUUGUAGUCGAUAAGACGUGAGUAGCUGAACUAUAUGCAGGAUUGCGGCCAUUAUUUUCCCGUUAGGAACUCUUAGUUGGCUCAUUAGGGCUACACAUGUAGUGAUUAAUUGAAGACUGAAAAGGAGAAAAAUCUGUCCUAAAAGAAUUGAUUCUACCUAGAAGGGGCUUUUUUUUUUUUUUUUGCCAAUCCUGCGGCAUUAUGGAUUUGAAAACUAUUGUGAGUUACCUGACAUUCAGAGCGACACCUUAUCCAACUGGGAGGGAUGCCCGUGGAAGGUGCCUUUGUGAUUUUUGUCUGCCCAUAUGCCACAUUUCAUUCCACUCGGAGAGGUUGCUGUCAUCUGUAUAGCAUUGGAAGACCGUUGGAGGUCAUCCCUUCUAAAGUGUGCAGUCUAGAAAUUCUCCCAGUUUACAUCUCAGCUCUUUGGAGGUGGGAGAAUCCUUUAACAACUGGCAAAAUACAAAUCUUCAACUUGAUCUCAUAUUUUCCUCUUAAGAAAAACCAGACAGAUUUGCCUGGAAAAUCUUUUUUCAGAAUUUUGCUUAAAAAAAUACUACACCACACACAUGGGUCUUCUUCUCUCCCCCCGCCCCCAUGUCUUUGAAGCCAGUCUUAAAGAUGGCAUGUAGUCAGCAGAGAGCUGGAGAUUUGCCUUGACAUGUUAUGUUUACGGCUCACAGAUACACACGACUGGGUGCCUGUGCAUUAAUGCAGUUAAAGACUAGAGCAACAAUGAUCACUCUGGAAAUAAUGGCCUGUGAUUUGUAGAUGUCGUUGUCUAGAAGAGAAGGUGAUUUGUAUAAUAAUCUGAUUUAAAGAGUAUUUCUCAGGAAGAUCCGGUUCAGUUAUUGAAGGGCGAAGAAUAAUUUCUAGUGCUUCCUGAAUAGUUUAUGGUUUGCUUUUUCUGAGAAACCUUUUAAUAAGUUAUUAAGGUGGGUUCAAGGUAUGUCCCUGCAGGAAAGAUUGUAUUGAGUGCUAUUGCAGCCCUGUUACUUUUCUGAAUAAUGCUGUUUAGAGAGAAGAUUGUAUGAAGAGCUUAGGGGCAUGAUCGUGACUACAUACUUCCUGAGAAACAUAAAUUCUGAAGCGGUAUGGGACAUAAACAACAGUUCUUACUAGUUUUCUCAACAGGUUAUUUGAAGCAUGAUAGUUUUUCUGCCGCAUAGAGAUAAAUCGUAUCUAUGGAAAUGCAGGUGAUUGUGGUGGCGGUUUUAAAAGGGCACCACAUUGGGUAAAGUGCUAUUGACUCAAAAGGAUAAGCAGAAAAAUGUUUAGUUGUGAGUGAGUGCUGAGUAACUGCCUGUUUCAGUUACUGUCACAUAUAGCUUAUUUUUGCGGUAUGACGUCAGAAUGACUCAGUUGUUUGAAUUUAAUUGUUCCCAGUUGCCUUAUGUCCACUGUUAAUUGUAAUAUGAAGAUUGUGGAAUAUCUAGCAGUUGCGUGACUGCUUCCUGUUAUGUUUGCAUGGAGGUACGGUAAGUGGUAUUGUCUUGAUGCUAUCAAAAAAAAAAGGAGUUUGGACUUUUGUUCAACGUUGAACUCCAACAUUGAAAUGUACACUUCUGAGCAAAAUUUAUUUACAUUGUACAUACUUGUUCCAUGCACAUAUCUGGUAAAUAUGCUUUUCUUUAAACGUUAUUCUUAAGUGUUAAUUGCUAGUCAGGAGUGAGUGGCUUUUGGGAGGGCUCCCAUUAUGCAUCUUUGAUUUCCUUAAAAACACAGCAAUAAAUAAAUACAUAUAUAUAUGCC